UUUGUCUUCUGCCGUGAGGCACAUGUAUCGACGCGAUGGCAACAGCUAUAUCUCGCAACAUUACUGAAUAAAGAUAGCACUGCAUGAUACUAGUCAUGCUUAAUCAGUCGCAAAAACUGCGAAAGACACUCGCACUCGAUCAUUCUUCGAGAUCCCAAGGAAUAUUUGCCGAAAGCAAAUUUCUGUGAGAUUGUGAUCUACAAGGCUACUUCGUCGAUCUUGAUAUUGAUCAUGUACGAAACACAACUUAUAUUUGCCACGGUUGUUGCUGUGGGCACUAGCACAGCUGUUUUUGUUAGCUGGUGGUGGUGGACUAAGAAACAAAAGCUUCAGUCACCGUCAAAAUGGCAAAAAGUCGGAGAACUGAGUGAUAUAAUGGUAUUUCCUGUUAAAUCAAUCGGUAUAGUUCACAUGAAGGAAAUAGAAUGUACUAAAUUAGGUCUGAGAUCGGAUUGGUUGAGGGAUCGAACGUUGAUGAUCACCGAUCUUAAAAGACGACAUCUCAUGCCCAGACAGUUUCCUAAAAUGGUCAACAUAUCACCUGAAUUUUCCGAUUCUAUAUUGACGCUUCGCGCACCGGACAUGAUGUCGAUAUCGAUAGAUCUCGCUCAGCUCUGUGGCAAAAGUUUCCGAGCUACUGUUUGGGGUCAAGCGGUACCGGCGUGCGAUUGCGGUGAAGAAGUUGCUCGAUGGUUAUCACAUUUCCUACUUCAGAAAGAUGCUGGUCUUAGGUUGGUCUACUACCCAUUAAAUCGAGCAACAAAAGAAAUAAACAAAAGUUACCAAAGUGCCUUUCCGUUAUUAACAAUGAUGCAUUCCGGAGCCUAUACAAAUGACACAAGUUUUUCUCUAAUCAACGAAGCUUCGGUAGCAGAUCUUAAUAGUCGACUGGAUGAACCUGUCACGCCGCUGAAUUUCCGCAUGAAUUUCGUAGUCAAAGGCCCCUCUGCUUAUGAGGAAGAUAAAUGGGAAUGGGUAAAAAUUGGAGAUGUGAUUUUGAAAAAUCUUAAACCAUGCACAAGAUGCACUUUUACUACGGUGAAUCCAGAAACUGGAAUAAAAAGUACCAAAUUUGAACCUUUAAAGACUUUAAGAAGUUACAGACAGAUAACCGAUCCGCAAAUUCGAUCCGUAGUUCGCGAUGGUCCAGUUAUGGGAAUUAAUCUUGGUCUACAAGGACCAAAUGGAAUUAUUCGUAUAGGCGAUCCGGUUUAUGUGGGUAUUUCGGAAGAGGAAGCACCGUCUUUGACUUCAUCAUCAUAGCUACACCGUUGGGACUUCUGCGAGAGUUUAGAAUGCGAACGAGGCAUCGACUUGACGAAUGACUUUUUGUCGAAUGCAAGAAAACAUGAAAAGCGAAAUCCAGAAACAACAUGAAAUAUUUGAAGAGACACUUGUGUUAUGCGCAUAAUUCUGUGUAUAAAACACCUUUAAUUAAUAAAAAUUAAAUCAAAAUUGACAUAUAAGGAUCAUAGCGCGGCAAUUUGGGACGCAGGGAAGAAACAACACUUCCUUCUUAUUAAUUGUUGGUUUUGUUCAUACUAAAAUCUACAAAAAUAACGGGCGAAUCGUCUUUUGAUUCUUCCACAGCGCGAUUAACAAUAUAUUAUAAACUAUCACAUUCUAAAAAAAAAAUGUUUAUCUUCUCCUCGAUGUGUAGGUGACAAAUUGCAUCGCGCGGAGAUCUAGCAAGUGCGCUGCUUCCAAAAGUCCAUCUCUCUCUCUCACUCACUCUUUCUCUCUCUCUUUAAAUAUAUUAAAAUUUACUGCGUAAAAUCGCAAGCAGAUUAGAUUCUGCACGUUACUUAAAAUUUAUAAUUUUAGAAUAAAAAUAAAAUUAAC